AUGCCGCCGCCUGCGCCACUCUGCGCGCCGCGGGGCUGCGCAGGAGGAGCGCUCCGGCCACCUCGCCCCGCGCCCCGGCGACACCUGUUCGCGGCCGCCGGCGGCACGCGGGUCUCGCCCCGGCGCCCCUCGCUCCCGCCGCCACCGCCGCCCGCCUGCCGUGCCCGGCCGAUGGACGCCAGCCGAGCCCCCGGAGGACUCUGGACACCAGCCUUGGACGCCUAA